AUGAUGAAAACGAAACCCAUAGAUAGCGUUGUCGUUUUCGCUCUUUUCAGCUUGAUCAGUUUCUUUGCUCAAGCCAACUGCCAAGUGUGUGAUAGUACAACGUCAUACGAUCGAUGUUCAACCAACAGUGCUUGUGGUUGUUUCCCAAUGGCUGGUGCUCAGAAUGUUGGUGUGUGUGCUUUUCUCUGGAAGUUCUGUUCACAACUUGUUCCAUGUGGACCGUCACAAGACUGUUCUGAUAGAGAUCAUAUCUGUGUUCAUCAUCGUCGAUGCAGCAAUGGUCCUGUCUGUUAUCCGUUGUCGAUGAUGAAUGAAAAUAUCUGUCCGCCAGCGUCACCCGUGACAAAUACGACGGUGGCAACCACUACAAUGGAAGUGGCGACUACAACGAAAAAAGCUAAAUUUAGUAAAUGGGAACAAAAUGGUAAGAUCGUCGCUGGUAGCAACAUGGAAGGGGAGCAGUUAUCUGAUCUGCGACGUCCUAAUGGAUUCAUUCUUGACAAAAAUCGGACUGUCGAUGUCGCUGACGGGGGCAAUUGUCGUGUUAUGCAGUGGAUGUCGGGUAGAAGUGAAGGCAAUGUUGUUGCUGGUGGCAAUGGAUACGGAUCCAAAAUUAAUCAGCUGACGUUACCAAUAGAUCUGAUUAUUGACGAACAAGAUAAUUCAUUGAUCAUUGCUGAUUUUGGAAGUCAACGAGUAGUUCGAUGGUUCAAUCGAACUCAUCAAGAAAUUCUUCUUGAACGUAUUUCAUGUGAUGACCUAGCAACAGACAAAUAUGGAUAUUUUUACGUUUGUGACUCAAAACAGAAUGAGGUGAGACGAUGGAAAAUGACAGAAAUUAAGGGGAACAAGGGAGUCUUGGUAGCUGGUGGAAACGGAAAAGGAAAUAGAUUGAAUCAAUUAGAUACUCCUGGCAGCAUUUUCAUUGAUGAUGAACAAUCAAUAUAUGUUUCGGACAGAUACAAUCAUCGUGUGAUGAAAUGGAAAAAGGAUGCUAAGGAAGGAACCGUUGUCGCUGGUGGGAAUCAUCGAGGGAACAAGUCUGAACAACUGGAUGGGCCUGGUGGCGUAAUCGUUGAUGAUGAUGGUCAAAUCUACGUAGCAGAUUCUGGGAACAAUCGAAUAAUGUGUUGGAAGGAAGCUAUGAAAGAAGGUGAACUUGUUGUCAAUGCAACUGCAGGUGCAUCGGGAUUAAAUGAAUUCCGGUAUCCUUCAGAUUUGGCAUUUGAUUUCGAUGGAAAUCUUUAUGUUAAUAAUCGCGGGUAUAACCGUAUUCUAAGAUUUGAUUUAAUGACUCAAUAA